AAUUUUUUCUCCCCUGGGUUCUUAUAAAAGCAACGCCCUAUCCUGAGGAAAUAUUUGCAUCUACACGACCAGCAGCAGCCCAUCAUUCGCCUCUAUCCACUGAAAACUCAAAACCCAACCCACAUCACCACCAAACAUGGCCAUUCCUUCAACCCAAAAGCAGUGGGUCAUCCUCGGCAAGGAGAAGGAUUUUGACGAACUCUCGUUCCAGGAUGGAGCCGUGCCCAAGGUCGGCGAGAAUGAGGUUCUGGUGAAGCUCCAGGGCGCUUCGCUUAACUACAGAGAUCUCAUCAUCCCCAAGGGCCUUUACCCCUUCCCUCUCGGCCUCCCCGUCGUGGCCGCUUCAGACGGCGCCGGCGAGAUCGUCGAGGUCGGGUCCAAGGUGACCAAGUGGAAGAAGGGCGACAAGGUCGUGACGCUGUUCAACCAGGGCCACCAGUUCGGCCCCUGCGACGCCGCCGCCAGCAAAUCCGGCCUCGGCGGUGUCCUCGACGGCACCCUGCGCCAGUACGGCACCUUCAGCGAGAACGGCGUGGUCCGCUCGCCCAGGAACCUGUCGCCCACCGAGGCCGCCACUCUCACCUGCGCCGGCCUCACGUCUUGGAAUGCCCUGUAUGGGCUCAGGGCCCUCAAGCCGGGCGAGACGGUGCUCGUGCAGGGGACGGGCGGCGUCAGCUUGUUCGCGUUGCAGUUUGCCAAAGCCGCGGGCGCGACUGUCAUCGCGACGACGUCGUCGGCGGCCAAAGCGGAGACGCUGAAGAAGCUGGGCGCCGACCACGUCAUCAACUACCGCGAGGACAAGAACUGGGGCGAGACGGCGCGGGGGCUGACGCGGGACGGCGCGGGCGUCGACCACGUCAUCGAAGUCGGCGGCGAGGGCACGCUCACGCAGAGCUUCAAGGCCAUCAAGAUGGAGGGCAUCAUCUCCAUCAUCGGCUUUCUUGGCGGUGCCGAGCCCAAGGACAGCGUGCUCGAGACCCUGAGCCGUGUCUGCACCGUUCGCGGUGUCUACGUCGGGCCCCGCUCCCUCAUGGAGGACAUGGUCGCCGCCAUCGAGGCCAACGACAUCCACCCCGUCGUCGACCACAAGGUCUUCACUCUGAGCACUGCUCGCGAGGCGUACGAGUACAUGUGGGCGAAAUCGCACGUGGGCAAGGUGGCGAUCACGAUUGAGUAAUUGGUAUGGGACUGGAUAUGAAUGGGAGACUGGAUAUGAAUGAGAGACUGGAUAUGAAUGGGAGACUGGAUAUCAAUGGGAAUCAAUUAGCAUAAUUGAGUAACGAAUUGUUUGAACAUCAAACCCCUG